CCACGUAGUGGAACAUCCUUCAACAGUGUCUUCAAGAGCGUCAGCUUCUUUUGAUUAUAAAAGGACCGCAACCAGGUGCUACUCUCUUUCUGACGUAGGUCUCUGUGGAGCUACAUAAGAGUUGUUGCUUGAACCUGCUACCAGAUCUUAUACGAGAGGGGUUAUACAAGGUUACGUAACACAGACCUAACACCCCCUACUUUUCAACCAGGAUGAGGGAAGUUUUUGGAGUAGCUCUUGUGGCAUUAUGGAGUGUGUGUGUUGAAGCACAGAUUACGGUAUUUCCCGUGUUUCCUCCGGGAUUUGGGGACUCAAAGGAUCCAGCUAUAAAAGAACAGUUUGUAGGAAGCUGUAAAAACGCCUGCACAGGAGGACAGGGAACCUUCAUUGCACGAUGCACGUUCAACCAUCCGUACGCCUGCAACUUGUACGUGGAGUGCCUACGUUUCGGAGGUCUGUGGGUCAUAUAUGGUCGGCAUGCUCCCGUUGGGGAUGUAUAUGACGAGAGGGACGGUCGUCUCAAGGAAAUUCUGCCCAGUGGAAUACCAGAUAAUUCGUUUUGUCUCCGAGUUGGCCAUCCAUGUGCAUCUAAUCGUCCUAUACCCGAAGACGCCUCCCAGUGUGGGGGCUUCAUGACGUGUGUGAACAACACCAUUAUCUCCAGUAAGUGUCCCGAAGAACGUGGAUUCAGUGCCUGGACCGGGGCGUGCGACCUUGAGUGCGACAAGACAAAGAGGAGACUGGUGGUCCGGUUGUGUGGGCCAUCUCUCCGAGGCCAAACCUUCUUCCAGAUCAACGAGACGGUGACCUAUGGCAACGGGCUCCCCACCGUGGAGAGUCUUGAUACGACCUGUCCAGCAUCCACGUCCUACCAGGUCAUGGGAAAAUGCGGCUGUGACCACUCCAACGAGACUGCGAAAGGCUGUGAGACGACAAGUGCUAUUCAUCUGUCAUCAUCUGACAAUUCCUGGGAACUUGCCAAGAACAAUACCCCGAUGAUGGACAGUAGCUCCAUCGAUGGCAACGCUGACAUCGUCAAAUCUACAAGCAAUGACAACCCACGAUCUGCUUUCUUCUCUGGAGGCCAGAGUUUCGUCGCCCCGCGUUUAGACGGAAAUGACCUUGGUCUCUAUUUUGACCUGGCCUUCACCUUCCAAGCUGUCCAAUCAGACAACACCACACGCGGUGUCCUUGUCCCCAGUGGAACCAAUGGACCAUUGAUUAUUGCCCUUGUUGAUAACAGCGCCAAGAACCAGGAGGCCACGUAUGGCUGUAGACUUCUGGUUGUACGAACAAACUACGGCCAAGUACAAUGCUAUGUUAGACCGAGUAAAGCUUCCGAUUCGAACGAGAGAUACGAUGCCAAUGCUACAAGUCCAGAAGUGGAUCUUAGAAGAAGAGUGUCCGUUGUGUUCGCGAAGGAUAACACCAAGGGCAAGUUGAGCGUGACAGCUGAAGGUUCCACAGAACAGACAACGGAGUUUCUAUUCGAGAAAGGAAUCCGGGCAGUUGGGAACUCCUCUCCUUUGGCCAUAGCUUCGGGAACAGGCAAGAGCGAUUUCACUGGCUACAUGGACGACAUGUUCAUCAAGAAGUAUUGCGGAUCGUUUAUGUGAAACUGUACACGCAGCGCCCAAGGAGGUUUCCUUCGCCAACUUUGCAUAAUAGAUACCUUGACAGGAGGAAACGACAGCAUGUCAUGUCAUGUCAUGGCAUGAUACGACACAGCAGGGACUUCAGGACUAUAGGUGUAUUCCUUUUUUUCAGCUUAAAAAGGUUAUUGCGAGUGUCCGACUAAUAAAAUAUGUGAUAUUCA